AUGUUUCAAGGCGACGGGAAGCGCGAACAUAUUCAUAGGGUCUACAAGGUCAAGAUCACCGAGGACCACCUAGCCCGUGACUCCCUACUCGACAAGCGUGCAAAUAACCAGUGCCCGACAAGCUAUAAUCUGUGUGCCUCCUCGCUGGGAGGCGACUGCUGUCCAAACAACUACGCCUGCGCAAAGGACUCAUGCUAUGCUACGACCGCAGCCGUCUCGACUUGUGCCGGACGCGCAUCAUAUUAUGCUUGCCCCCUAGACGUCGGCGGGGGCUGCUGCCCUCAAGGUCUCGUGUGCGGUGCCAACCAGGCAUGCAGCCCACCUGCUGGUGCCACUUACUCACAGACAUGUGGGACUGGGUACUCUCUAUGUGCAGCCUCUCUCGGUGGUGGUUGUUGCCAAAGUGGCAUGGCUUGCGGUAGCACGGCAUGUUAUAAUCCUUCGCCGUCGACGAGCGUCCUCGUCGUCGCAACCACCCAAGACGGCUCAGCAACGACGAUAACCUCCACUUCUGUGUUCACCCCAACCGUCGAGCCGUCUGACACCGGCGCCGAUGUUGUUGCCAAGAUCUUCCCGUCUACGUACCCGAAGCAGGCCGCCACGGAAGGCGAUGACUCGUCUGGCGGAGGCGGUAGCAGCGGUCUUUCAAAGGGCGCGAUUGGUGGUAUUGUUGGUGGUGCAGCAGCCGUGCUGGUCAUUUUCCUCGCCGUCGCAUACUUCCUCGUCAAGCGCCUGAACAAGACCAAGCGUGCGGUCGAGUCCCGUCGGGAAACGACAUCCGGCUCUGGAACCCGUCAGACCGGGGAGAAGAAGUCAGCGACACAAGUCAGCAUCACACGACUUCAGCCGACCCCAUCCGAAGUCGAUGCAUUGGAUUGCGAUCCCCUGAUGGUGUCCUCAAGUGUUGCAUCACCCAGAGGACAACACCAAUACCCGCGACCAGGAAACGGCAGAUCACGAAGCGGUUCCGACGCACUCAGCCAGCCAAGUGGAUACAGUAGCUCGGCUGUUGGACCAAGGUGGAACACGCCGAGUGUCGACUCUGACGGCGGGGACAGCAACUACUUCUCACUCCCUCCCAGGGUGCACAACCAGUUCGGAGGCCGCGACGCAAGACGGGCUAGCGAGGCUUCGUCCCAAUACAGCUACCACCGUUUCGCACAUGGCGGCCGCCACCACGGCCGCAACUACAGUAAUGCCAGCGAGCUGUCGGCAGGCAGCGACGAGCUUGGCUCCCAGCAUGGCCUCGGGUCUCCGCUGAUCGGGCCUACCGCGGUAGAGCUGAGCAACGAUGGUGGCUUCGUCCCCGAGCUGCCGGGAUCGGACACCGAGACGGAGAGCAGCGGGCCUCACGGGGCCAACGGUCGUCGACCCAACCAGCCGCGGAAGCGGUCCGCCAGCGUCGUAUCACCCAUGUCGACCACGACGGUCAACAAGCCACCGCUGACGCAUGGGACCUUCGCGCGCCGGAGGGGGAACAGCGCGGUCAGCCCCAUGGAUGGGCAGAAUGGGAACGGAGGGAGGGGGAGGAGUGACAGCUCGACGCCGCCCGAGCAACGGCUCGGCAGCAUCGACGAGUCGGCCACGGCCGCCGCGCCGGCCACGAAUUCCAUGCACGGAUACUUUGGAUCGCCGACGACAGCGGUGGGACAGACCGCGGCGGGCACGAGGGCCGGCUUCGACACACCGCCGCUGCCUGGGUAUGUCUCUCUUGGGCUGCCUCCCUCAGGGAACCAGGCGGAACAGGGGCAGGAUGAGAAGUGA